CUUGGAAUGUCGCCGCCGCCUGACGCCGGGAGUCAGACGCUCGGUCGCUAAGCACCGCUGAGGAGCAACAGCAGCAUCAGCAUCAGCAUCACAGCAUCCCGGAGGCUGAGCGCAGAAAAGACCUGGAGUUUGGCGUCACCGUGCGGAGUACAAUGUGUGUUCUGCUCACGCUACCUUGCAGCGUUCAUCCCGUCACGAGCUACUCACCGUAAAAAUUCCCCCAGUCGUCCGGACGUGCGUCACCUCCCUCGCCGCUCGGAUACCAUGCUCAUCAUCCCGGUGGUCCUGACGCUCUGCACGCUGUGGCCCGCCGCCGCCGCCGCACUGCCUCUCAGGCCUGGGAAUAUCAGGAAUGUGUUUGGGACGCCGGAGAGCGACGGCAGGAUUCUGCAGCGGUCCAAGCGGGGAUGGAUGUGGAAUCAAUUCUUUCUGCUGGAGGAAUACACAGGGAACGACCAUCAGUAUGUCGGCAAGCUGCACUCCAACAUGGACAAAGACGACGGUACGGUCAAGUACGUCCUGACGGGGGACGGCGCCGGCACGCUGUUCCUGAUUGACGAAAACUCAGGCGACAUCCAUGCCACCAAGAAGCUGGACCGCGAGGAGAAGGCCAUGUACACGCUCCACGCCAAAGUGCUGGACCGCACCACCAACGAGGAGCUGGAACCCGACACGGAGUUCAACAUCAAAAUCCACGACAUUAACGACAACGCGCCGAAAUUCGAGCGGGAUGUCUACUUCGCAAACGUGCCGGAGAUGUCGGAUGUCGGUACAUCUGUCGUCACGGUGACGGCCACAGACGCAGACGAUCAAACGUACGGCAACAGCGCCAAACUAGUCUACAGCAUCCUGCAGGGACAGCCUUACUUCUCUGUGGACUCCGAGAACGGAACUAUCAAGACCGCCCUGCCCGGCAUGGACCGAGAGGUCAAGGAAAAGUACCAGGUGGUCAUCCAGGCUAAGGACAUGGCCGGACAGAUGGGGGGCCUCUCGGGGACCACCACGGUUAGCAUCACCCUCUCCGACGUCAACGACAGCCCCCCGCGUUUCGCAAACCACUCCUUCCGCAUCACCGCCGUGGAGUCCACGGACAUCGGCGGCGCCAUUGGCCGCAUCAAAGCAGAUGACCCGGACGUGGGUCGGAACGCUGAGAUGGAGUACAGUGUGGUUGGCGGCCAUGACAUGUUCAGCAUCGUGACGGACAAGACCACGCAGGAGGGGGUGAUCAUCAUCAAAAGGGCGCUGGAUUAUGAAAGCAAAAGGGACUACGAAUUCCGGGUGGAGGUGAGGAACACGUACUUGGACGCCCGGUACAUCCAAGGCUUGCAGUUCAAGGACUACGCCAUGGUCAAGGUGACGGUGGAGAAUGUCGACGAGCCGCCCGUUUUCACACGCAACCCUUACAUCAUCGAGGUCCACGAGGACACGGCCGCCGGAAGUUUCGUGGGCGUGGUGUCAGCCAGGGACCCGGAUUCAGAGAACAAGGCGGUCAAGUACUCCAUCGACCGCCACACCGACCUGGAGAUGCUGUUCAACAUCGAUUCUUCAAAUGGAACCAUUACGACCCGCAAAGCGUUGGACAGAGAAAUGUCAAAAUGGCACAACAUCUCAGUGAUGGCUGCCGAAAUAAGUACGACUUCAGUUUUGCUUCGUUUCCGUCUGACCGUCCCUUUAACCAAUGACAACGACCUUCGUUUUUUGGCAGAUAACCCCCGCCAGAUCGCACGUGUACCGGUAUUCAUCAAAGUCUUGGACGUUAACGACAACGCUCCCGAGUUCGCCAUGUCCUACGACACGUUUGUCUGCGAGAACGUCAAAGCAGGACAGUUGAUCCAGACCAUAAGUGCCGUGGACACAGACGAGCCCCUUGUGGGACACAAGUUUGUCUUCAGUAUAAGUCCCGAAAACCCAAACUUCACCAUCAGCGACCGAGAAGAUAACACCGCCAAUAUACUGACCCGGCGAGGAGGUUUCAGCCGACGGGAGAUGAGCGUCUACUUCCUGCCUGUGGUGAUCUCGGACAAUGACUACCCGAUUCAGAGCAGCACCAGCACGCUGCUGGUACGCGUGUGCGCUUGCGACAGCCGCGGGAACAUGCAGUCGUGCAGUCCGGAGGUGCUGCCCUUCUCCGACGGGCUGACCACCGGCGCCCUGGUGGCCAUCUUGCUGUGCGUCAUCAUUCUGCUCAUGAUCGUGGUUCUGUUCACCGCCUUGAGGAAGCAGAGGAAGAAAGAGCCGCUGAUCAUCUCCAAAGACGACGUGCGAGACAACGUGGUCAGCUACAACGACGAGGGCGGCGGCGAGGAGGACACGCAGGCUUUCGAUAUCGGGACGCUGCGAAACCCCGAAGUGAUGGACGCUAACAAGCUACGCCGGGACAUCAUACCUGAAAUGCUCUUUUCAUUUCGGAGGACAUCACCCAUAAAGGAUAACACGGAUGUCAGAGACUUCAUUAACGGGAGGCUUCAGGAGAAUGAUUCCGACCCCACGGCGCCCCCGUACGACUCGCUGGCCACGUACGCUUACGAGGGCAGCGGCUCGCUGGCGGAAUCUCUCAGUUCCUUGGAGUCCGCCGCCACCGAGGGCGACCAGGAGUACGAUUACCUCAGCAGCUGGGGGCCGCAGUUCAAGAAGCUGGCGGAGAUGUACAUCGGGAGAAGCCCGGAUCGGGACACCUAGGAGUCGACCUAGCCAGACCGCCGUUUGUCCGACUAGCAAAUACCUAUGUAUCAAACUGUCAUGUUCCAUGUCUGGUUCACUAGCUAGCGCGCUAGUCAACUAGUUGUCUGACUCUGAAGGCCGCCAUCGUCCGCCUGAGAUGGGGACUAGAACCGGAUCUCCACAUCUGGUUCUUAAACUUUUACUGUUUUUCGGUCAUAAGUAAAGAUGCCUUUUGACUUUUAGGACUUUUUGUGAACAAUGGCGUGGAAAUGUGUUUUGUAAUUGAGCAGAGAGCUAGCAGUAUUGUAUACUAUCAAUGUUUCAUGGCAUUGGAUUGUGUUUUUUUUUUUUUUUUUUUUUUUUUUUUUUUAGGGGGGGCUGCCUUCCUCGCCCGUUCCGCUAAAUACUGUACAAAAGUGUUUUUUGAACAUCCUAUAUACUAUUUGCUAUUAUUAUUUGUCUGACAAGCAAUGUUCAUGUGAGGUCGGUGCCGUUACUUUGUCACACUGGUGUCAUUUUCAUCAUGUAGGCGUAAACAUGUAACCAGAACGUGUAACGUUGUAGGCAAACACUGGAUUCAUGCUGCUUGAAUGC